CUGCAAGAAGAACAAGGCAGGGUAAGCUAAACACCCAACACCACUCCCGCCACCAUCUGCAGCCCCCUAUUGUUUCUACUUCUACCCCAGCUCCCACCCCCACCACCGCCAUCCUGGAAUCGGUAAACACAUGAGAAACAGGAAUAACUUCACUAAAGAGUCACUGAACCAAAAUAUAACUCAACGCGGUUGGGCCUACAUGCUAGAUAUAGCAGCUAAGCUUCAAUAAGUCUUAAGAUAAAAGGGGGUUUAAAAAAAGGGGUAACUAGAGAAGUAUCGUUCCAGUUACACAAAGAAAUGGGAUGGUCACAUUUGGAUUGCCUUCGUUCAUACAUAGGCCAUGGAUCAAAGUUGACCUAGGACCUUACAACAUAAAAUGUGAGUUAACGGGUAUUUUUACUCAGAAACUGAUGCAAUGAUGAUAUCAACAACAAUAAUAAUAAUAAUAAUAAUGAUAAUAACAAUGAUGAUGAUGGUAAUGUGAAGUAAAACCAACCAGAGCGAGCAAGCCGGGACAUAUGAAGGUAACAGGCUUUGACAAACUGGGUUUCAACAGUAACCAGUUACGCACAAUGAGGCAACAGCUACGCAGGCGGAACUACAAUGCGCUCAGCAUCAUCACAGAAUUGGCAGCCGAGAGCAAUGCCCACGGACUGGCAAAAAUUGCAACAUCAACACAGACCCCAAGAAAAGUUCUGUGGGCAUUAAUGGUAAUUGUAGGUUUCACUGCCGCCACACUACAACUCUCCCUUCUCGUCCGGAAAUACCUGGAAUUCCAGGUGGUAGAAGUUUCUAAAAUGAAAGAUGGUAUGGAUGUGGAAUUCCCUGCCAUCACUGUCUGCAAUAUAGCGCCAAUAUCCUUGACGAAAACCAAAGAGCUUCUUAGUUCAGAAACGUCAGAACUGACGCAAUGGCUGCAAUUUAUAGACAAAUAUAACUUUGGUGCACAGACUGACCGAAUGUUCACAGUGCAGAGUUUGUACGAGAACCUCGCAGACGAGGCCCAGCUUUUGGGUAGGGACCUCAAUGAUUUCCUUAUACACUGUCAGUAUAAUCAGGAAAUCUGUAACAUACAAAACUUCACUCGAUAUUUCGACGGACAUUAUUUUAACUGUUACACAUUCAACAGCGGCCACCAGCCGGGCACCAGCCUGUUGACACAUGCCACUGGGCCUCAGAGUGGUCUUUCUUUAAUUCUUUCGUUAGACAAUGAUGAUCCACCUGUUGGUGGCUAUGGCUCAUACAAUAUAAAAUCGAACAUUGAACACAGUGCUGGAGUAAGAGUGGUUGUUCACCCACCAAGCACAAUGCCAAGCCCGGUAGACCAUGGCUUUGAUGUGCCUCCAGGGUACUCUUCAUCGGUAGGUUUGAAAACUAUUAUGCACGCACGUCUUUCAAAUCCCUAUGGCAACUGCCAGAAUAGCCGGCUUCAAAAUUCCUCAAAAUAUAUCCACACCGUUUUCUCGUGUCUCGAACUGUGUAAGCAGCGAAUUGUGAUGAGCACGUGCGGCUGCCGAUCUUCAAAUUUACCAGAAAUGACAUCGUCAAACUUCACGUUCUGUGGUUUAGUGGAGAACAAAUGGAAUUGGAAAGACAUGAUGAAGAAUCCAGAAAACUACAACAUCACAAAGAUAAACUUGACAGAACUUGCCUGUGAAGAAAGAGUUCUCAAAGAAUUUUCCAUAAACCGAGCCUACGAGAGCUCAUGUAAUUGUUUCCAACCAUGCCAAGAGACCACAUACCAAAAAUCAAUAUCUCUUUCCUAUUGGCCUUUAGAAUUCAAUCAGUUAAGUGCCCUUGAAACAUUUUAUGGCGAUAAAAUCAAUGAGACAUUUUUAUACGAUGCUUACAAGAUGCUUAAGUAUUUGUCAUCUCUUGGUGUUGGCCACGUACCUGAGUCCCCACCUCCGGAAGAGAUCAAUAUCACUCUGCACGAUAACAACAACAACAGCACCAACUCUGGGAUGCAUUCUCCGGCUUUGCUGUCGCAGCUGCUGGCAAACAGCACUGAGGCACCAAAGCCUCCAGCACCAAGGGAUGACUUCAUUGAGCACGUGAGUGCAAAGCUCAAUUCAAGCGACAAAGAGAAACAAAUCCGAGCGUCAAACAUGAUCCGACAGAACCUUCUGCGACUGAACGUUUACCUUGAAGACCUCAGUAUCAUAGAAUUUCGACAGAUGCCCGCCUACGAGCUGGCUGAUCUGUUUGCCGACAUUGGCGGCACACUGGGUCUGUGGAUGGGUAUAUCGGUGCUGACCAUUAUGGAGCUUAUAGAACUCUUCACCAGACUUCUAAUGCUAAUUUUCAGCUCGGAGAAGAAAAUUCCCAAUGCCGACCCAGUCACAAACGGAAUGUUGGACCAUGACUGUGACUGCCAAAAAAGUAGUAUGGAAUCACCGUUUUGAAGUAGAAUUUGCCAAGACAGCAGGGAUUUUGGGAAUUAAUUUUUUUUAAUCUUUUAUUUUUUUUCACAUUUUUUUCUCAUUUGAAUAAAACAGAAAUUAUAUAAGAAAAAAACAUUUUUUUUUUUUUUUGGCUAAAUUGAAUUCCUAAAGAAAUCAAUAAGCCAUCACAAUAAUUACUAAAUUAAUAUUAUGAUUAACACAACGGAUUUGCAAGAAUCUUUAGAGCGUAGGACAAAAUAGCUUCCAGCUCUUUAUGUUCAAAUCCUGCCAAGGUCAACUUUGCCUUCCAUCAAAACAAAAUUGAUGAAACAAAGUACCAUACAAGUACUGGGAUGAGGGAUUCAACUAAGUCCUCCUCCCAAACUUUUGGCCUUGAGCCUAUGAUAAAAACAAUUAUUAUUAUUAUU